UUUCAGUUGCUGUUUGACUGUCGGAGGAGUUUGUUGAGCAUUUUUUUUGGUGCGCGGCGUGCCACGGAUUACAACCACAACUAUACAAAUACCUAUGUACAUACUGAGCGGUCAAAUUAAGUUUUGUUUUUUUUUUCGUUACCCAACUCGCAAGUGCCGUGCAAUUAUUUGUUCUAAUUUUGUUAACCGAAAUUUAAAAGCGUCGACACUUUUUUGACAAACAACGCAACAAGCAAAUCGGCGUUAAACAGAAAAAAAUAUUAAGAAUCACAAACAACGAAGCAGCGAGAAAGAGGGAAGAAAAGAGAAGAGAGUAUCAGAAGACACUACGGAUGAAAUGUAGCAGAAUUCUUCCUCUUCUAAUGUUCUGUGUGCGGUGACGAAGUGACGCCAAAAGAAACCGAGAGAAGACAGAAGGGGGCAAGGAGAAAGACAGCAGCAGAAAGAGCUCAAAAAACAUAAAACACAAACUCACACGCUGGCAGAACAGAACGGUUAUCUGAAACGCAAGGCAACAACAAAGCAACAAUGAAUCAACCGGUUUGAAGACCACAUCCAUUCCGCACCACUCCCAUCAGUGAGUUCCAAAGAUUGUCAGCACUAUAGAGGAAGCGCCGGAGAGGAAGAUCGGGAAAGUAUCGUUGCCACACUGACCUGACCGCAGGAUAGUGAGUCCAGAGCAGAGAACGCUAACUCAGCGGAGCCAUGGACUGGGCCGAGGGUGAUCUGGUCUGGUUCGAUCCGGGCAUGGGACAUCCCAUUCCCGGCGAGAUCCAGGAGGUGCACCGCGCUGCCCAGGUGAUCGUUGUGCAGGCGCUCAUCAAAGGCAAGCCACAAACAUUCGCCCUGCAACCAGGAGAGGGCAGCCUGCGCGCUCGCCAGGAUCUGGGCAGCAGCGGCGUGGAGGACAUGACCCUGCUGGACGAUCUGCACGAGGCGUCGCUGCUGUGGAAUCUUCGUCUGCGUUACGACAAGGGUCUGAUCUACACAUUCGCCGGCAGUAUCCUGAUCGCGGUGAAUCCGUACAAGAUGUUCCCAGAUGCCUAUGGCUUGGAGGUGGCCAAGCAGUAUGCCGGCCGCCCACUGGGAUCCCUGCCGCCGCAUCUGUUUGCCAUCGGAGCGGCAGCACAUGCGGCAUUACCAUCGCCCCAGGUGGUGGUCAUCUCCGGUGAGAGUGGCUCCGGCAAAACGGAGUCCACCAAAUUGGUGAUGCAGUACCUGGCGGCCGUGGUGCCCGGCGGUGGAUCCGCCUCAGCAGUCAUCACCGAGCAGAUCCUGGAGGCUGCUCCGCUGCUUGAGGCCUUUGGCAAUGCCCGCACCGCCCGCAACGACAAUAGUUCCCGGUUUGGAAAGUAUCUGGAGGUGUACUUCAAGAGUGGCGCCAUCGUGGGCGCCAAGAUUACGCAGUACCUGCUGGAGAAGUCGCGUAUCGUGACACAGGCGCCGGGCGAACGGAACUACCAUGUGUUCUACGAACUCCUUGGCGGACUAUCCGAAACGGAGCGAUCCAAGUACGGUCUGCUGGAGGCGGACAAGUACUUCUAUCUGAACCAGGGCGCCACCGACUGCGCCAGUGGUCGAGUGGACUGGGAGUCACUUCAAGGAGCCAUGCAGGUUCUUGGAGUCUCCGAGGGCGAACGAGAGGGCAUCGUCCGUGUCCUGGCGGCAGUUCUUCAUCUGGGAAACGUCUACUUCCAUCGCCGGCAAUUGAGACACGGCCAGGAAGGCGUGGAGGUCGGUUCCGAUGCAGAGAUCAAGUGGGCCGCCCACCUGCUGCACAUUAGCGCGGACGGACUGCAUCGGGCAUUGACCAGUCGCACCACCGAAGCUCGAGCGGAACGACUGCACACGCCACUUGGCAUUGACCAGGCAUUGGAUGCUCGAGAUGCCUUUGCUAAGGCUCUCUAUGCGGGACUCUUCAAUUGGCUGGUCUCGCGGAUCAAUUCGAUUGUACAGAAGGGCGGAACUCAUGAUGCCCAUCGCAUCAGCAUCCUGGACAUCUUUGGGUUCGAGGAUUUGGCGGAGAACAGCUUCGAGCAGCUGUGCAUCAACUAUGCGAACGAGAACCUGCAGCUGUACUUCAAUAAGCAUGUCUUCAAGCUGGAGCAGGCGGAGUAUGCCCGCGAGCGUCUGGAGUGGACUCCGCUGGCCUGGGACGACAAUCUGCCGGUGAUCCAUCUACUGGCCAAGAAGCCGGUGGGCAUUUGCCAUCUGCUGGACGACGAGUCCAAUUUCCCGCGUGCCACUGAUCUGAGUUUCCUGGAGAAGUGCCACUACAAUCAUGCGCUGAGCGAGCUAUACGCUCGUCCGCGGAUCGGUGCCCAGGAGUUUGGAGUGACCCACUAUGCGGGUCAGGUGUGGUACUGCGUGGACGGCUUCUUGGACAAGAAUCGCGAUGCGCUGAGGGGUGAUGUCCUGGAGCUAUUGGCCUCCAGCCGGCUGCCCUUGGUGGGUGAGUUGACCAAGCAGCUUCGUGCUCAGAGAGACGCCGGAAAAACUCUGCCAAAGGGCAGCAAUGGAAGAUUUGUCACGAUGAAGCCGCGUACACCAACGGUAGCAGCCAGAUUUGCGGACUCACUGCAGCAGUUGCUCCAAUCGAUGGGCAGGUGUCAUCCAUGGUUCGUGCGUUGCAUCAAGCCGAAUCAGGAGAAGCACGCCCUCCGCAUGGAUAUGCCGUGUGUGCUGCAACAACUUCGAUACUUGGGCAUGCUGGACACCAUCCAGAUCCGGCAGCGAGGCUAUCCGGUGCGCUUGCGCUUUCAGCACUUUGUGGAGCGUUAUCGUCACCUGCUGCCAUCGCCUCUGGCCAGAGGUACACCCUACCGCGAACUGUGCCGAGCUCUGCUGGAGGCCAUGCCGCGAACUGGUGUGGAAGGUCCGGAUUAUCAAUUGGGAGCUACGCGGGUUUUCCUGCGCGAGGCACUGCAUCGGGCUCUGGAAAGUGGACGAACCGAGCGUCUGCGCCGAGCGGCUGUCAGUGUCCAGCGGCAUGUGCGUGGUAUGCUUGUCCGCCGGCAACUGGCGCGUCGUCAGGCGGCCGCCACCCGUCUCCAAGCCCGUUGGCGCGGUCAGAGGGCACAGCAACGCUACGAGCGUCUCCGCAAGGGAGCCCUCACUGCCCAGCGAUUGUGGCGCGGACGCCAGGCUAGGAGGAGGGUCCAACAACUGCGAUCCGAUCACCGACGCAGGCAGGAGGCCAGGGAGGCAGCUCAGAGAGCUCGCGAGGCACGGGAGGCCAAGCAGGCCGUGCUGGAGAGAAGUCAACUCAGCUACCUGGACAUACCAGCCGAAUUGGCAUUUAUCUACUCCAAACUGCAGGGCUGGUCACCGCCGCACGGUGAUCGCCAUCUGGUCAAGGUACUGGGCACAGUUCCCGGUCCACCAUCGUCGGCAGUUCAGCUACCCGAGGACCUUGGUCAGUUCUCGUUUGGAAAAUUCAGCAGCGUGUACUGCAAUGGCUUAAGAUUGCAGCCGCGGAGGGAACCCAUCACUGCUCCCUUGCUAACCAGAGCUGCUUCGAGGGAUCAGGACUUCCAGGAUGCAUUGGCCGUGUUCAAGCUUAUCCUUCGCUGGAGUAACGAUAAAGCACUGGAAGGUGCCAAGGAAAAGCUAUUGGCCGACUAUAUUGUGCACAAGGCUUUGAGCUCCAGAGGAUUGCGGGAUGAGAUUCUCGUGCAGUUGUGCAACCAAGUUCAUGGCCUGCCGCCCAAUUCCGGAGAGGCAACUCGACUGUGGCAACUUCUGGGACAGUGUCUGUGCUGCUUCCAGCCCAGUGCUGCCUUCAGCAAGUAUCUGAUGAGAUUUGUGGACGAUGAGGCUCCAGAGUCGCUGCGUCCACUUCUGCUGCGACAGCUGCUCCGCCAGCAGGGCGGUGGAACGUCGAGCGGCGCAGUGGGCGCUGGCGCCUGUCGGAGCUUCGUGCCCGCCUGGCUGGAGUGGCGUGCCUGGACCAGAGGAUGUGACAUGGCACUACCGCUUACUCUGCCGGACGAGGCCAGUCAAACGGUGGCCGUCGAUUCGUGGACCAGUUGCGAGGAGGCCGCAGCUUUAGCUGUUUCAUCUUUGGGCGUGGCCAGUCGUGGAUGGACCCUGGUGCUGGACGACGGGCAACAGCUCACCGAUAGCUGUGGACUGGACUACGUGAUGGAUUUGAUUGCGGAGAAAGAGCUGUGCCCCGCAUUUCCUGCUCCCAGAAGCGAUCUAUUGCGUUCUGGCGCCAAGUUUGCAAGAACCACUCUGCCGGAUGCUGUUAAACGUCCAGCGGUUCCGCCACCAGCUCCACCCACUUCCAGUGGCAAAGAGGAUGUGCCGCGGGAGCGAAGAAGCAGCCGGGAGCUGCUCUCCAGAAGUUCGGCGCUCAAUGAACGCUAUUUCGAACGUGAACCGAGUCCAGGACCGGGUCAGGGAUCGAGUCCGGGUCAGGCGAAGUCGCGUUCCAAGUCACUGGAUGAUCUGCUUGCCGGGGAUAUUGUUCCCGUGCCAACGGAUUGCGAUUCCCAGGAGCCGUUGCACACACUGGGUCUCUCGGAGAGUCGCCUGAACGAUCGCUAUCACUCGGCGGAGCGGCUGGCUCCAGUCGGCAAGGACACGGGUCCUCGUUACCAAAAGUCCCAGCAUGCAGGACGCCGAUCCCAUGCUGCCUCCCAUGGCUCGCACUCCAGUAAAUAUGCGGACAAGGCCGAGUACGCCACCAGGUCCUCGGCCAUGUCCGAUACGAGUGAGGCACCAUCCUUGGCUUCCCAUGUGAGGAGGGUAAGGGUCCCAUCGCAGGCAUCAGAUGUGGAUCAGUUCCUGGACGAUCUGUUUAGUCCAGUGCUGGAUGGUUCCUUGGAUGAGCUGUCUGAUGCCAGAUCCCUGGCAGCGAGUAUCCGAGGAGGCAGCUAUGAGCUAGAAAAUGAAGCGGAAUCGGAGAUCGAUGACUUGGAUGACUACAUCAACGAUAUAUUCCAACCGAUACCACUGGUCCAGAACUUGGAGAAGCUGGCCAGCAAGGAUCAGUUGGCGGCUAUCAUCAAGGGUGGAGGAGCGGCCAGUAAACCCGAGGAGAGGGAUGAGGAAUCGGAAAUCGAGGAUCUAGAUGACUACAUUAAUGAGCUCUUUGAACCUAUUCCAGUGGCCGACGGAAUAGACAAACUGACCAGCAAGGAGCACUUAGCUGUUAGCAUCCGUGGAGGCGGCAGCACGGACAGUAAUGGAGCCGAUCCGCUGCUCCACCAGCUGAUGCAGCUGCCCGGCGAGACGGAGUCAGGUCCAGCACUGUAUCAGCAGCAGGUGCAGCGCGCUUUCCUGCAGUCUGCAAUGGCCCAGAACCUGCAGAUCCAGCAGCAACUUCUCGCCCAGAAUCAAGCUCUGCAGACGCUGCUUAGUCAGCAGGCGGCAGCGGCGGCGGCCAAUAACUCUACCUCGCCGCCACCAGCUCCUCCUAUCCUGAGUAGCCUUUCCAUCUCGCCACCGCCACCGCAAUCCCCAAUGCGCAUGAAGGCCACCCGGAGUAGUUUGGUGGUGAUGGAGUCAUUGCAACCACCGCCACCACCUCCACCGCCGCCAAUGCCGCCGCCGCUGGAGUGCAAGGAUCCCUCGGAGACGCGCCACUUCCUGGAUCCCUACGGCAGGGCCAAGACCGUGCGGAUCGGCAAGUGGCGCUGGCCACCGCCCCAGGAUGAGCCGCAGUUCCAAACCGAGGAAGAUUUCUUUGCUUUCAAGAUGCGCCAGCACCAGCGAAAGACUACGCCACAGGCUCAGCAUCAUCAGAUGACCAGCAAUGGAGGUAUGAUGGAGUCGGGCCCUGGAGCACGUGGUGCCUCGGCCACGGCCAUCGAGUGGGAGGAGUUCGAGAUCGAGAGUCCCACACCGCCGCCCAUGAGUGGUCAGCUAAUGAGGAGCAGCAUCCGACUGGAGACGACCACGACGACAACCACAUCGGCGGUGAAUAACAGGGACAGAGACCGCGAAACCCAGGAUGCGGGACAACCGAUGCAGAGUGUGGUCACCACCAAGCUGGCCAAGAAGAGCUUCGAGAUCGGAGCGGAUCGUCCGCCGCCGGGCAGUGUGGGUAAGCUCAAGCUUAGUUCCGAGAUGCGUCAGCGGUUGGAGCAAGUAACUGCUGGCCAUUCGGUGAGAUCAACCGUUUCCACCAAGUCGGAGCAAAGAGCUCCGGCGAAACUGGAGGACACACGGAAGCUUAUGUUGCAGCAACAGCUGGGUGGACUCUUUGCCAGCGUGUCUGGUGGAAAUUCCGGCCCUGGUGGAGUAGUCGAUUCUCAUGCAACGGUGCGCACACAGAUCGAGAGGAUGGAGGGCAAACUAUCGCCACCACCAGCUCCGCCUUCAGGCGGCUGGCCUGGAGUGCUGCUGCCACCGGCUCCAAGUGUGCCGGCUCCGCCGCCACCCAUCAGACCGCCCAGCAUGGCGCCGCCUGCUCCGCCGCCAGCUCCGCAAAGUCCGCCGACGGCUAGGAGUCCGGAACCGGAGCCCGACUAUCGCACCUCGAAUAGUCAGGUGGUUAAAGAGCAUGUGCCCGCCUUUAUUCAGCGCCAGGAGCGCGACACAUUCGGUGCAGUGCGUCAGCAGCAGAUGAUCAGCAGUCACCACCUGCAUCUGGAGGACCACUCAGCCUCCUCCUCGCCGGCGGUGGCCGCCUGGGAGCAGGCGGAACGGGAAAGAUCCCGCAGCCGAAGCAGGAGUCGCGAUCGUGAGGAUUACUCGGAGUCGGUGUGGGAUCGGGCGGAAGUGGAGGGACCCGCCUCCGGAAGUGGUAGUGAAAAGGAACGAGAGAAACGGGAGCGUGAACGCGAGCGUCUCUAUGAGAUUCGCCAAGUGGAAAGGGAGCGGGAAAGCCAUAAGGUCUACCAGCCGGCGCCGCCGCGUGUGAUCCAGGCUAGCAUGGACACCACCGGUGGACAUCGCAGGGAGGACCGCACCGGCGGAUUGGCCACCUUCCGCACCCAUAUGGCCCAGAAGUACGAGCACGAGCGGAAGCGCAAGAGCUCGGCCAGCUCCGGAAUGCGCGAGGAGCUGGACUCGAUGCACAUGACCACGCCGCCGCCCGUUAUUGUGCCGGCUCCGGUGCCACCGCCUUCGUCGACCAGCCCGGGAUUGGGUGUGGUCUCUGGCGUUCUGAUGGGAUCGGGAUCCGGGGGCAGCACAGCAUGCCUGACCUACAACCGGGUGCCGUGGAAGUUGCGCGUGCGCAAGGAGGUCUUCCAGCCCCACGAACCCAUCGGUCCACCGGUGGCGCUGGACUUGCUCUUUGCCCAGGUGCUGGGCGACGUUUUCGGGGUGACUCCCUGCCUGCGGAUUACGCCGCAGGAGAAGAGCUCCGCCCUGAACAUGCUGCACGGGCAUGGCGUGAGUGUGGACACGCUCUCCAAUCGAAACGGAUCGGGAGCCGGCGGCGGAGGAAAUGGAGGACAGGUGCGUGCCCUGGUCAAGCGGCAUCUGGUGGACAUGGCUCGCGAUUGGCCGCUGUAUUUCGCUCGACUGUUCGCCGUACAAGGAGCGCCGCUCUAUCCGGAUGUUAGCAUCAUGGGCGUCUCGCACAGUGGACUCUACCUGGCUCGUCGGGAUGCCGACUACCUGAUCGUGGUGCAGGCCAUCUCCUUUGGCGAAAUCCAGAGUGCAGUCACCCUGCCGCGUCCUGCUGCACUGCAGCUAAAUCUGAGGAAUGGAAAGCACCUGGCACUCCAUGCAGCCCGCGCCGCCGCCAUCCAGUCGAUGGUCACCACUUUUGUCCAGGAGUUCCGCAAGUCACAAUCGAAGGCCUCCACUUUGUCGUCGGGCGCCCGAGCCGCCGCCCAGACAUUGAAUGUGCCGCUGGAGCGCCUGGAAUCCCGCCAGGCGCACGCCCAGCGCAACGAGCACGGCGUGGAUGGCGGAUCACGGCAGAAUGAGCAGCUGCAGCAGUCGGAACUGCAUCACCACCUGCAGCAACAGCAGCAACAGCAACAGCACCAUCAGCAGCAGCAACAACAGCAGCAGUUGGAGGACGCUCUGGAGGAGCACCAGAUGGCCGCCGAUCACCAGCAGCAGCAGCAGCAGUUGGGUCAGCAGCAGGGUCAGCAGCAGCGCUUCCUCAAGCAGCAGAGCUACCUGCACUCCGCCCGGAAAUCGAAUGCUGGUCAACAGCCCUCGUCGCUGACCAACGGACAGGUGCAUCACCAGGAGCAGAUGCUGCAGCAGCAACAGCAGCAGUCGCAGUCCCUGCCGCAUCACGACCUGGAUGCCAAUUAUCUGCAGGACGAGAGCAAUGGUGGCACUCCACCCUCGGUCACCAAGUACUCGCUGCUCCAGUUCGCCAUGCAGCACUUCCGCAAUGACCAACUGAGGGACGCUGACCGCCACCACGAGCGGCACCAGUCCGCCGCGAACCGCUCCUAUGCGGAACUGGUCAAGUGGCAGGGCCACGCCAUACGCCUGCCGCUCCUCCGACUUCCAAAUGACCUGGCGCCACUGGCGCUCGAGUGCUUCGACUGCAUCCUGCGCUACUGCGGCGAUAUACCGCUGGAUCCCGACCUCACCGAGGUCAAGUGCGUCUACACUGUGCUCAUGCAUUGUCACAAAUACUUGGCACUGCGCGACGAGGUCUACUGCCAGCUGAUGAAGCAGACGACGGCCAACCGGUCACCAUGUCCGGAUAGCUCGCAGCGUGCCUGGCGCCUGCUCAGCAUCCUGGCGGCAUACUUUGGCUGCUCGGACGCACUGCGUCCCUACCUGAUGGAGCACCUGACCUCGGCGGCAUCCGAUCGUCGCCGUUCUUGUCACGGCACAGCGGCCGUUUGUCUGACCAAUCUCCGGAAGACAGCCCGCUGCGGCGGCCGCAAGAAUGUUCCCAGUGUGGAGGAAGUGACGGCCGUGUCCGCUGGACGUUCAGCCAGGCGACAGAUCUACCGCCUGCCCGGCGGAGCGGAGCGUGUGGUCAACACCCGUUGCUCCACCGUGGUGGCUGAUGUCAUUGCCGAACUGUGCGCCCUCCUGGGCGUGGAAUCCGAGGCGGAGCAGCAGGAGUUCUCGCUGUACUGCAUCGUCCAGGGUGAUGCGUUCACCAUGCCGCUGGCCGCCGAUGAGUAUAUCCUCGAUGUGACCACGGAGCUGCUCAAGUCCGGACAGCCCUUCUACCUGAUCUUCUGCCGAUCCGUUUGGCACUUCGCCUUGAAACGAGAACCGGCUCCCAUGCCGCUCUACGUGGAGGUGCUCUUCAACCAGGUGGCGCCUGAUUACCUAGAGGGUCUGCUGCUGGAACUGCCCGGCAAUGGAGUGCCCGUGCCGGAAAUGGUCAGGGAUAUGGCGAGAAUCGCUGCCCUGCUCCAUCGGGCCGCCGAUCUGAGUCACGUGCCCGCGAUGAAGGAGAUCAAGUUCUUGCUGCCCAAGCCGGCGCUGGGUAUCCGUGAGAUCCGACCUGCCCAGUGGGUGGGUCUCGUUCAGUCAGCGUGGCCGCAGGUGGCCAACCUGAGUCCCGGCCAGGUGAAGGCGCAGUUCCUCAACGUGCUGGCCACCUGGCCGCUCUUCGGCAGCAGCUUCUUCGCAGUGAAGCGCAUUUGGGCGGAGGAGGGUCCGCAUGUGGAGGAUAACCAUAGUCCCAUGUGGCGGGAUCUCAUCCUGGCGCUCAAUCGACGUGGCGUCCUCUUCCUGGAUCCCAAUACACACGAGACCCUGCAGCACUGGAGCUUCAUGGAGGUCAUUUCCACGCGAAAGGUUCGCUCGGAGGAUGGCGCCCUCUUCCUGGACAUGAAGGUGGGCAAUCUGAUGCAGCAGCGCGUGAUCCGCGUCCAAACGGAGCAGGCCCACGAGAUCUCGCGCCUGGUGCGCCAGUACAUCACCAUGGCGCAGAUCAGUCAGCGCGACAAGCGGGAGCUCAACUAAGGCAACCAGGAUUGCUCUUGCAAUACCCAUUAUUAUUAUUAUAAUUAUUAUUAUUAUUCGUAUCGAUAUUGUAUUGAGUUAUUAUUCUCUCUCCCAUAUUUCCACAUAUUUUUUUGUCGAUUCGUAAGUCCCCCCUACCAGUUACAUAUAUUUAUUAACACCCAUAUGCAGGAGUCAUAUGUAUGUUUAGAUGUCUAUGUUGUGCUGGCUUCCAUAAUAUCCCAACUUUCGAUACCCAAUCCAAUCGUACUACCCCCAACUCGGUGGCGCUAAGAUGGCCAUAUAGAUCCCCCUUCAAACCCGAACUCGUAGUCCCCCAUUUGUCUUAAGUUUAAGCGAACCAAGUGCAAUCCGAGUGCAGGAAUUGAACUCCCACAGGCUCUGAGUCCAAUCCUCUAAUCCCCUAUCCCUAUUUCGAUUCAACGACUUCUUGUAGAACUUAAGAUUAGCAAACUUUAAUAUCAUUUUUUUUUUGACAUUUGUUAAAUCGAAAAUUGCUUAGCUUAAUCCCUAAAUUUAUCAUAAAUAAAUACAAUUUAUAUAUGUAUAUCUAUCGCAA